UUCUUCUUGUCUGCAUCUCUCUCUGUAAUUUUUGGUUUCUUUAAUCUGAGAGGGGGAACAGAGAAGGGCAAAUAAAAAGGGGAAAAAGAAAAUUCAAAAGAAAAAGCAUUUACCAAAAUUUCCAGAUUUCGAAGGAGGUGAACAAAGAAAGGGCCCCCCCGUUCACCACAAUUGAGUACUCUAUUUAUAAAUAUCCCCAGAUUUUGCCUGUAAUUGCAUCGUCGUCUUCUUCUUCUCCUCCUAUAUCUCAUUUCGCCGCCUCUUUUGAUUUUCCAGUCAAAACCUAGGACCCCUCCUGCCGAUUAUCGAUUCAAAGUUUGAAUCUUUGUGUAUACAAAGAUCUGGUUUGGAGUUGAAGCAUAUAGAAUAAUAGAUCUGAGAUCUGAGAUCGGGGAUUUCGUAUGGUCGUGAAGCAAAAGUGGUUUUUAGGAGUUUUAGAGUGGAUUGAUAGAUGGCGAUGGUAGGUGAGAACGAUUCGGUUCAGAUUCGGGAAGUGUGGGAUUAUAAUCUGGAGCAGGAGUUUGCCCUAAUCCGGGAAGUGGUGGAUGAGUAUCCGUACAUCGCCAUGGACACGGAGUUCCCCGGCGUGGUUAUCCGGCCGGUGGGCAACUUCAAGAACAGCUGCGACUAUCAUUACCAAACUCUAAAGGACAACGUGGACAUGCUGAAGCUCAUCCAGCUGGGACUCACUUUCUCCGACGAGGAAGGGAAUUUACCCAAGUGCGGGACCCACACCCACUGCAUCUGGCAGUUCAACUUCCGGGAGUUCAACCCCAACGAGGAUGUCUUCGCCAACGAUUCCAUAGAGCUGUUGCGACACAGCGGGAUCGAUUUCCAGAAGAACAUCGAGAAAGGGAUCGACGCUAGGCGGUUUGGGGAGCUGCUGAUGUCAUCCGGGGUGGUUUUGAACGAUAAUGUUCAUUGGGUUACGUUCCACAGUGGGUACGAUUUCGGGUAUCUUCUCAAGCUAUUGACUUGUCAAAUGUUGCCGGAAUCGCAGCCCGGGUUCUUUACAUUGAUCAAGGCUUAUUUCCCGGUUGUGUAUGAUAUCAAGCACUUGAUGAAGUUCUGCAAUAGCCUCCAUGGCGGGUUGAACAAGCUUGCAGAGCUUUUGGAGGUGAAGAGAGUCGGGAUUUGCCACCAGGCCGGGUCGGAUAGCUUGCUCACGGCUUGCACUUUCAGGAAGUUGAAAGAGAGCUUCUUUAGCAGCUCUGUGGAGAAAUAUGCAGGUGUAUUGUAUGGUUUAGGUGUUGAAUCUUCUUGACAGAGAGAAAAUUAAUUUUAUAAACCUGUGAAUACCCAAAACACAAAAAAAAAAAAAACCAAGAAACAAAAAUUAUUAUUCAGGAGAUAAUAGAGGUGUUUGUUUAUUGAGGAGAGGAGGUAUUAUGUGUAUGUGGGUUUGAUGAUGCCCCCCAGCCCCCUACUUCUUAAUUUGUAUACUCAGGUUGAAAAAGUAUGUUAUUUUAUGAUAUCUUGCUUGUGUAGCAUUGCUUAA